CAAUUAGUUUCAGAAACUCUUCGAUAGAUCAUCGCUAAAGAGCAACAUAAGAUUAAAUCAGUGAAAAUUAUUAAAAAUAUGGAUUCUAUCCGUCAGCAACAAAUGUCGUAUGCCUUUCCUAUCAGAUCGCCAUUUGGGUUUACAAGGAAUGAAAGUCAAGCCAUUGCAUCAAACGACCAAAGUAUCGUAGGCCUACGGAGCAGAGCACCAAAGUGCGCAAGAUGCAGAAAUCACGGCGAAAUCAAUGUUUUGAAAGGUCAUAAACGUUUUUGUGAAUGGAAGAAUUGCGAAUGUGUGAAAUGUAACUUGAUUGCAGAAAGACAAAGAGUUAUGGCUGCUCAAGUUGCACUUCGGCGACAGCAGGCUCAAGAAUCAAGACUGGUCAUCGAGAAACGAGACUUGAUUCCAGAAUCUACGGAAGUUAUGCAAGCAUCAAAAAAGAUCAAAACCGAAGACUAUAUACCUCCACUAACAUCCGAAAAGCUAGAGGUGGAUACCAACAACACCGUUGAGAAAAAUUUCGAAGAGUGCCAAAGAGAAAACAAAAGUGAUACUACAAGUUCUGGAUGCUUCUCGUUUUCCCCAAGCAGUAGUAAAGUUUCGACACCGCAAAAAUACUCGACGAGUACGGUUGAUAAUUUGUGUGACCGAAUUUCACCUGUUCAUUCUACUCCUGUGAAAGACUCAAUUGGGGAAAGAAAUUCAGAAACAAAGUCGGAUGUCCCCAAAGAUAACUCAAUUAGAAGAAUGUUCCAUGUACUGAUUCAAGCAUUUCCAACAAUUCUUCCAAGUACAAUACUCGAAACAUUGAACGAAUGUGAUGCUGACAUUAUCAGAACAAUAGAAAAGUUAUUGGAGAAGAAAUUAGCUUCCAUACCACAACAAGCGAUACUAUAUAAGGAUAACAAUGCCUAUUCAAGAGUCUCACCUCAUACACCAAAACUUGAUACAUAUCAAGCACUGAGAAGUAAUUUUCCGAUAUCGUUACCAACAACGUUGACUCCUGCAAAUGCUUUCCAAGCAGACAUGUGGAGAUAUCCGUACGGAUCACCGCUAUCAAAUUAUUAUGGCACAAGUCGCAUCAAUCAAGAUUUCUUUUCUGGAACGAAAUGUUUUUUGCCAAGAUUACUGAAUAAUUAAUUGCAUAGUGGGGAAGCAGGGGCUAAUGAAUGAGUUCAUGAAUCGAGAGUGCAGCCCGUUGAUACUAUUAAGAUUUUUUAUAUUUUAGCUUCAUUUUUAUUUAUUUUUUCCAUUCUAUUAUGAGUUUGCUACUGUUCUUUCUUUGCACAAAUAUAACGAAAAAAACUAAGAAAGUAUAGUAAUUAAUAUUGGAGGGCAAGAUGAAUAGUUGAAAGUUUACUUAGCGUAUACAUACUAAAAAGAAAACACUAUUCCAAGUGUUCGUAUAGAAAACAAUAAUUAAUGAACAACGAGUUAAUUUGCGCAUAUUUGUGAGUUGUGUAAUUGUGCUUCAAUAACCACUUUCUACUGUUUUUUGAAUUGUGAACAUUGUUGAUCUGUUUCUCACAUUUUUGAAAGCAAAAUAGAUUCAUUGAUCAAUUUGCAAAAUUGUUGUUGAUCAUCCUUGUGACAACGGCCAAAAGUAGACAAAAAGAAAGGAUCUGCGGUUUAAUACACAAUAUCCUAGUACUGUAAAACUAGUAUCCUAUAAUGUUUAUCUCCAGCGAACUUGAUAUACAUUUGCUGAAGAUAUGGAUGGUAUGGUGCCAAUGAAUUCCCAUUUUUUUUAUAAAAACCACUCGUGGUUCUUCUUAGGUCUUCGU